AUGGUCAGAGGAACAGUUGGGGAGGUUACUUGGGUCGGUCUGAACCCAUGGGGGACAAAUCCGACUGAUAGAGGACAAUAUAAAUUCGCGGUCAGUUUGAAGGUGGUUAGAGACAUGAUUGAUAUUUUUCAUAACUCUGCACCUAUUCCACACAUAGGAUGGAGGAAGAAGUGGUCCUUCAGGUCGAUCAGCUUCGGUAAGAAGGACAAGAGCAAACCAGUGAUCGACGCAGCGCCGAAGAACGGAGACGUCGCCGAGGAGAUGCCGCUCACGGAGGAGGUCGAGAACGUGGCGGCGGUCGCCACCACGACAGCAGCGGCAGCAUCGGCAGCGACUCCCGAGGACACCAGCGCCUCGGCCGUGAGCAGCCCGACCGAGGAGAGCAAGGAAGCGGCCAAGAAGGAGGAGAAAGAGGAGCCAAAGGCACCCGAGGAGGAAAAGAAGGAGGAGCCAGCCGUCCCCGCAGCCGCCCCGGUAGCUGCCGUGGAAGAGCCACCGGCAGCCCCCAAGGAGGACAAGGAGGAGGACGAGCAGAAAAAACCGGAGGAGGAAUCGGCCGAGGCCCCGGUACUCCCCGCCGUCCCCGCAGCUGAACAGAAAGUCGAGGUCAGUCCUGGCGCAACGAGCGACCACCACCACCACCACGAGCCCAUCGCGGCACCCAUCACGAACAACACUACCACCACCACCACUACUAUUAUUACCAACAACACCACCCCCUCGUCUAUCACUGAGAGGAUAAAAAUGAGCACUGAGGACGAUAAACAGAGCCUCCCGAGUAACGAUACCGAUCAUCUUCAUCACGACGAUCCUCCUCCUCCUGGCCCUCCUUCCUCCGAUCCGUCCGGGACCGUGUCUACCGCCGCCGUUGUCGCCGAGCCGUGCGCGAGCGCGCCCUGCAUUACCACCGCACCACCGCCCACGAGUCCCCCGCCGACGCCCAUCGAUCCCUCGCCCCUGCAGAAGGCCCAGCAGAGCGCCCCGAGCGCCAUCGAUCUCGCCGAGGCCCUCAAGCUGCCCCACCAGCUCCAGCAGGAGCACCAAGAGGAACCACAACCCCUCCAACCACAAGUAGUCGCAGCUAAUCAGGAGGAGGAUGAGGAGGAGGAGGAGGAGGAGGUGCCGCCGCCGUUGCCGGUCUCGCCGGCCCCGUUGCUCGAGGCCUCCAAGAUAGCGAGCUUCGCGGCGACGACCAUGCAAGACUCGGUGGCGGCGCUCCUCGACGCCGCCUCGUCGCCCCCGGCCUCGUCGUCCUCCCCUUCCUCGCUGUCGCCCCCACCGGCGCAGGCGGACGAGGACUAUCCCGAGCAGAGGCUGGACUCGCUGGACAUGCCACCUCCGCCCCCCGAGGACGCGGCCGCCGAGGACAGGAGCGAGGAGUUGCCGUUGCCCCCACCCACCGUCGACGAGGACGCCACGACUACGACGGCGCUUCCUCGGGAGCCUCAUGUCGUCACGAACGGCCUGGCUUCAAUUGGAGACGACCAGAAUGAUUCCGAGCCCGAGGCCGCUCCUGUUGUUGAAAAGAGCGAGCCAGUCGUGAUGGAGAAUGGCUUGUCGGAUGGGGCACCCAAGAGCCCACCACCAGCCGUACCCGUUGAGACGACCCAGCCUGCUCCAGCCAUCACCGAAGACGUCGCCUCCGUGACCAAGGCCAUCGAGGAAAUUGACAUCAGUGAGAAGGCCGUAGCUGCUGCAGUUCACGAUUCCUUGGACAACAACGGAGUCAACGAGAUUGUCGCUGACUUGGUCCACCAAAACAACAUGCACGAGUAAGCGCCGCCAGCCGAAUUGUAUUUUUGGGAAGAAGAAAGUUUUUUCUCUCGUUAAAACCAAAAAAAACUAUAUUAUAUAGAUAUAUUUGGACCAUUCCUGUGCAAACAAAACCGAAAAUGACGUUCUUUCGUUACGAGCAGCAAACAAAACAAGUAACAAUGCGAAUUA